AUGACUUCUUUGAAUCGCUCGGCAGAGUCCCCGCUUCCAGAGGAACGCAGUGUUGAGAAACCUCAGACCCCCACACGGACUUUCGCGCGCCAGGAGUCACCACUAACGUCCGGUCUCAGCCGGAUGGACCGGAACGAUGCGUCCUUUUUCCUUGAAAGGACUCCUCUGCGUGCCUCCUGUUUUUCCUCUUCCUCACCGGCAAAUGGGAGUUUCUGCGGACAGUUCGUGCGUCCCGUACAAGGAGAACGAAACGCUCCUCUGUAUGUUCGCUUGAAACGACAUAGAGAGGAGGAUGUUCCACCCUUCCUGUGUCUGCUUCAACAUCGAGGAGAGGGAAACGCGCCCGCAGCUAAGCAGCAGAAAGUGAGGGGAGAGUACGAGGGCGCAGCGAAGCACGAGUCGGGACUGCUGCUGUUCCGACAUGUCGGGGAGCCUCCAGUGCUUCUCGACGAGAAGCCGAACGCAGGACACAAAUCGCAAGACGCCCAAACAGCCAGUGCCGCGCCACAUGGAAGUCCGAGGUGCCAGACAACCGGAAAAGAGGAGCUCACGCCGGCAGCGUCUGGGGCCAGCACUGCGCAGGGAGACAUCGAUACAGCUCUUCUCCAGCGUCUCCGGAAAUACCGUGUGGUUCCUUCUGGAAGAGCAAGUGAAGACGGGCAUUCGAAGGAAGAAAGCGAGCAUCAAUCGGCCCUUUCCGGGACGCGCGAGGGGGAGAAGACAGCCGCCAAACGCAGAGCAGGUGCAGUUCAGCACGUACGACUUGCCGAUGGCAGAAAAAUCCGGCUUUUAGAUGUGUGUCCAUCAGAGACUGUUGGAGGAACCGAGGAUCGGUCUGACUUUACUGACGACUGCGAUUUCGAGUGGUAUCGUCUGGCAGGUCCAGAUGACGCUGUGCAUGCAGCGGGGGAAAGAAGCAGUUUGUUCGAGUUUUUGGAGGAAGAGGGCGGAGCUCUCAGUGCCCAAGCCGAGUUGAUCAGAAAACUGAUUGCCAGUGGCACUUCGGCGAAUCUCGCUGACGGCCCGGGAGCGGAUGCCGUUGGUUUGAUUGAACUGGAAGAUGUCGACGAAGAAACGGGAGAAGUUCUGCGAGGCUGUGGCUGGAGCAACGCGUGCCGGUCUGUCGACGUCUUUCUCGGGGAAUUCGGAGACAUCGAUGACCCCGACUCAGACGAUCCGGAUGCAGCUGAGCUGGACUACCCUGAGGAUAGCGACGACGAGAGAGAGAGGCGCUUUGCAGCUCGCGUGCGGCACUUGAUAGAAGAUUCUGAAGAAGACCGCUUUUCUGAAUCAAGUGCAUUCAGUUACGACGGCGAGUGA